AUGAAGUCAACGAAAAAAACACACGAUUUUAAAGCUCUGGAACUGAAGUUCGAUAAAGAUUCAGUAUCUCCCCAUGUCAUUUAUUUUAAAGAACACACAGUCAGAGAGCACACCGCUGAUAAACCUUCAGGGCGCACGUUGUUUAUAAUCAACGUACCCCCUUACGCCGAUGAGAAAGGUUUGACCAAUGCAUUCCGUGAAGCUGGAAAAGUAGUCUCAGUAAUUCUAACUUCGAAACCUAAUUCAACAGAAACAAAAACUGACACAUUCUUAGAUGAACCUACAAAACCAACAUUUAAAGUAUGUUAUUUAGUAUUCAGUAAAGUAGCUGACUUAGAUAAAGCACUUAAAUUAACUGAACUGCAGCCUAUGAACUCAAAUGAACAUCAAAUCAAAGUGGGUAUAUCAAAAUGGAUAGAGGAAUACAAUAAUUCUAUAGAACAUCCUAAAGCUUUGAAGUCUAAAAUAGAAUCCUUUAUGCAAGACUAUGAUAAGAAAAUGGCUGCACAACAGGAGCAAGAAAAGGAAUUAGAAAAAGCAGAUGACGAAGGAUGGGUCACAGUCACUAAGGGAGGCAAAAUACAAAGCUUUGCUCGGACGGAAAAAGUUAAGAAUAAAAUAAUGGAGAAAGAAGAAAAAAAUAAGAAGAGAAAAGAAUUGAAGAACUUCUACACCUUCCAAAUCAGAGAGUCCAAAAUGAAACACAUAGUGUCCCUACGACAAAAGUUUGAGGAAGACAAGAAGAAAAUAGCACAAAUAAAACAAAGCAGAAGAUUUAAACCAUUUUAA